UCACAUCACACAUAACACACAUACCCACAGAUUUCUCAAGAUGAGCGAGCAAUUGCCUUAUACAGAUGAAGAUAUUAUACAGUUCUUACAAAGUCUGGAUGACCUGCCCUCAAACGAAUCCAUGCCCCUCCUUGGAUACGAUGUUGACCCAUCAUACCUCUCGAUGAAUGAAUACACACAAUCUUCUCUUUCAUUUUUCCCUUCCUUACCAUCAUUGGCAGAGUCUCAGGCCAGCACUCCUGAGGUGGAUGAGCACGAAAUCCCCUCGGAUGGUUUGCAAAUGGAGGGUGUGAAAGACUAUGUCAAGCGACUAGAAUCUGAGGUCAAUUCCCUCAAAAGUAUGGUGGCUGAACUCAGGUCUUAUUUGACUAGCUUGCGUCCUUGGAUACUGGAAGUCACAGAAGCACUUGACAAAUUAGGAGAGCCACCGGCUUCAGCAACCGAAUCAGAAUUCCGGAUGUUUGAAUCAUGAUAGGAUUAUUCCUUUGGAUUCUCUUUUUUUUACGCUUUGUUGGAUUGAAUGAUGUAUCAGAUGAAAGCUCUAUCCUAG